AGAGAGUGUAUGUGAGCCUGUGACACCGAGAUGUUCAUGAUCAUUCGAGAGUCGUCUGCCGGAGGAGGCGGUGCUGGAGGGAUGAGCGCCCCGCAGGAGAGGAGUGCAAAACAGGUGCAGGCCGCCAUCAAGAAGAAGAUGGAGAAGCAGAAGCAGCGAAACAAUGAGAACGGAGGUGGUGUUGCAGACGGUCAAACUGCUACACCUCAGCCUCCUCGCCACCAGAAAUCCCGUCAGUUCCCCCAGGCGACAGCGGCAGCCGCUGAGGACAGGGUGGCGCUGCACGAAGAGCUGGAGGAUGUGAUGGAGGGACCACAGGGGAGAGAGAGGGAGAAAGAGGAGGAGAGGGAGCCUGUCGACCUGCUGCCCAUCGUGGACUCUGUGUUCGGACAGGACAGAGAGCUGAGACCAGAGGAGAUUGACGAGCUGCGCGAAGCGUUUGUGGAGUUUGAUAGGAACAAAAAAGGCUAUAUCAGUCACAAAGAUCUGGGGGAGUGUAUGAGGACCAUGGGAUACAUGCCAACAGAGAUGGAGCUCAUCGAACUGAGCCAGCAGAUCUGUGGAGGUAAAGUGGACUUUGAGGACUUUGUGGAGCUGAUGGGACCCAAGAUGCUGGCAGAGACUGCAGACAUGAUUGGAGUCAAAGAACUACGAGAUGCAUUCAAAGAGUUUGACUCUAACGGUGACGGUCAGAUCAGUUUAACUGAGCUCCGUGACGCUAUGAAGAAGCUGAUGGGAGAACAAGUGACCAACAGAGAGAUCAACGAGAUUCUCCAAGAUGUCGACCUCAACGGAGAUGGUCUGGUGGACUUUGAGGAGUUUGUGCGAAUGAUGUCCCGCUGACCGGCCCAGCUGCCCACAUGUCAAAUGGACAGACAGACAUUAUGCAACCGUUGGAUUAGAGAACACACUAGAUUGCAGUGCCCACCCUUCACCUGCUCGUAAGAGUACACGUCCAAAAAUGUAUUUUUGUAGUAAAAUGUAAAAAAAUGCUGUGAAUGCAAAAAUAGUAUCCAGUCUACGACUAACAUGAUUAUCCACUUCUGAACUCUAGAUGCAACACAAAGAUAAAGCACUUUAAUAGCAGUAAAACAUAUCAAACGCUUCAUAGACAACAUUUAUGACUUUGUGUUUUUUAGAUGUCUUUUUAUAUAUCAAUGUUUGAGCUUUGAGUGUAAAAUCUUGUUUGUUGAACUGUAAAAAUCCUUUUUUUAA